AUGACGUUGGCUUUGGAGAAAGCAGGGUCGUUAUUCACUGGUUGGGUACGAUCAUGCUUUACAUGUUUGACCCCCGAAGAUAGCUGUGGGUUUAAUCGAGUUCAAGAUCAAGGCAUUGAGCGGGAUAUGACAGUAUGUCAUACUCAACCACAUCUUGUUUCGCCCAUGAAACUGGUGGUAUACGAUGAUCUCCCUAUGUCGAGUGUUCAUCAACGUCAAAACUCGCUGUCCUCAUGGAUUAACGAGAGCCGACAAUUGGCCUCGCGAGCUUCUACUCGGGCGAGCAUGUCUAUGAAAAGAUCAUCAAUCACACCUUUGAAGAUCAGUGCUCCUUCGGACUUUCGCAGAGUACAGUCGUUUCAAUCUCCAGGCUUUCAUGGGUUCACACCCUUACAACCUCCUGCGUCGACAGAGUAUCAACCUCUAGAUCUUCGCAUACAUCGAUCAGGCAAUCGAUUAUCGGACCUACCUUCCUUCGAUAGCUUCCAUUUAGACGAGAGCCCCCAGCGCAAGACGCUACCGGCCCCACCACGACCCUUAAUCGCGUCUGCCGCCGUUCGACAUCACCGUUACCAGGCGACAUCUGUGGUAUCCCGCAAACCAAUCGGGUCCCCGAGAAGCCGCUCAUUCGGAAACCUGGAGCCUUUAAUUAUCAAAGAACCAGUCCGUAUCAGCAACAACUUGGUUCCGCAUUUCUCGAAACUCACCCCGGUGGAGAUGCCCCUACAGGAAGCCCUAGCCACCUCUCCGGUGCAUGGCAGAUCGAAAUCAGAAGGCAGCAGACUGACUUUGAGCACGCGCUGGCCGAGCCAGGUAGACGACAGUCAAACUCGGGGAAGAGUACCUCAGUCGCCAUCUGCAUCAAAGAGCUUGUAUACUGACUCGCCAAAUACACCGUCACUUUCGAAGUACUCACCGACAUCCCAAGAUCCUCUUUCAUCCACCAGCUCAACUUUGCCAUCCCACAUCACCUCUCUCCAGCGGCCCCUAAUUCCUCUCUCGCUCUUGGAGAACAACAGCACCAACACUCCGAACCCCUCUCUUUCCAGCCGUGUGACCCAAUGGAUGUUUCCAACAUCAGCCAAACCCUCCCCCACCCCAAGGCAGACCGCCCUACCACGCGAGGACAGCUUCAACUGGGAGCGAACUCGCACGCUGAGCGGCACAACCGUGGCAUCAGUCACGCCCCCCUUCCCCAACGCCAGGGACCGCAACAACAGCUCUAUCUCCAGUGUGUUUUCCAGUGCAAUCACCCCUCGCACAUCAUUCUCCGUCCAGUCCUCUCUGGCAGCAGAAAAGGAUCUCGACGCUGGUGCCUGUCACCCGACUAUUUUUGAGGAAAAGCGGCAGGACCAUAUUUUUCGUGGGUACGAUGAUGAGCGUACGCGAUACCUUGAAUCGAGUAUUGGGGUAGCGUUCUGA